UGGCGGCGUCCAUGAGCGGCUAGUUUGGGGACUCACUAGUGUUUAGUACGGCUGUCUUGCCUAACUCUGAACGAGUCAAGUUUUCCCCAAGUAUCCAAGUUAAGGAUCCGCCAUUCACUCGCGACCACACUAAGGAGCGGAGUUCUGAUCACUGACCAAGAUGAGUAACAUCUACAUCCAGGAGCCACCCACGAAUGGGAAGGUUUUAUUGAAAACUACGGCUGGAGAUAUUGACAUAGAGUUGUGGUCAAAAGAAGCUCCAAAGGCAUGCAGAAAUUUCAUUCAGCUUUGUUUGGAAGCGUACUAUGACAACACAAUUUUUCAUAGAGUUGUGCCUGGUUUCAUAGUCCAAGGUGGAGAUCCCACAGGCACUGGGACUGGUGGAGAGUCCAUCUAUGGAGCGCCAUUCAAGGAUGAAUUUCACUCGAGGUUGCGUUUUAAUAGGAGAGGACUGGUUGCCAUGGCAAAUGCUGGUCCACAUGAUAAUGGCAGCCAGUUUUUCUUUACUCUGGGUCGAGCAGAUGAACUUAACAAUAAGCACACCAUCUUUGGAAAGGUCACAGGGGAUACAGUAUACAACAUGCUGCGCCUGACAGAAGUAGACAUUGAUGAGGAAGAAAGACCUCGCAAUCCACAUAGAGUCAAAAGCUGUGAGGUUUUGUUUAAUCCUUUUGAUGACAUCAUUCCAAGAGAAAUUAAAAGGCCCAAAAAAGAGAAACCGGAGGAAGAAAUCAAGAAAUUGAAACCCAAAGGCACAAAAAACUUUAGUUUACUUUCUUUUGGGGAAGAAGCUGAGGAGGAAGAGGAGGAAGUGAGCCGCGUCAGUCAGAGCAUGAAGGGAAGAAGUAAAAGCAGCCAUGACCUGCUUAAGGACGAUCCGCACCUAAGCUCCGUGCCAGCUGUGGAAAGUGAAAAGGAUGAUGCAACAGGAGAUUUAGAAGAUGAUGGAGAAGAUGAGAGUACAGAUCGUGAUGAAUACAUUGAUGAUGAUGAAAAGAACCUGAUGAGAGAAAGAAUUGCAAAAAGGUUAAAAAAAGACACAAGUGCAAAUGUGAAAUCAGCUGGAGAGGGAGAAGGAGAAAAAAAGCCAGCCAGUCGCAGUGAAGAGCUCAGAAAAGAAGCAAGACAACUAAAGCGGGAACUCUUAGCUGCGAAACAGAAAAAGGAGACUGCAGCAAAGGCAGAGAAAGGAAGUGAAGAGGAAGAGCCUGCCCCAGAUGGCGCUGUGGCAGAAUACAGGCGAGAAAAACAAAAGUAUGAAGCUUUGAGGAAGCAACAGCCAAAGAAGGGAACGUCGCGAGAAGAUCAGACCCUUGCACUGCUGAGCCAGUUUAAAUCUAAGCUCACUCAAGCGAUUACUGAAGCGCCUGAGAACAAUGUUCCUGAAGCAGAAGUGGAAGAUGAUGAAGGAUGGAUGUCUCAUGUGCUGCAGUUUGAAGACAAAACCAGGAAAGUGAAAGAUGCAAGCAUGCAGGACUCGGACACAUUUGAGAUCUACGACCCUCGGAAUCCAGUGAACAAAAGAAGAAGGGAGGAGAGCAAGAAGCUGUUGAGAGAGAAGAAAGAACGAAGGUGAGAGGAGAGUUGUGAGGCAGAGUGGCUGGAAGCCUGCCUGCAGGGAGUGUCUGAGAUGGCCAGCCAUCGUUCACGGCAGCAUGGAGGGCUGUGAAAGUGCAUCUGAACCUGUUCUCUGGUUCAGAAACCAUAUUCUGUUUUGUACAUUUGGAAUGCUGUAAGCAAAUGCUUUUUGUUACUGACAGAUUUUCUUUUCCUUAAUUGACCUUUUGUAUUGUUAAAUCAGAAAUAAAGUCAGUUUCUUUCCAGUUUAAAUGUUAACCACUUGCAGGUUAUAUAAGCCUGUUUAUGCGCCUUCACUGUGAACUGUGAGAGGUCUUCUUGUCUAGACAUUUUAUAAGUGCUCACAGAAAGAAUAAGGGGAACUUCCUUGACACUUUGAUAUAAAAUGAAAAUUAUAAAAUAAAAAACAUUAACACUGA